AUGAAGAGUAAAGUGGAGCGUGCGGCUGGAACAAGGUAAGUAGUACUUCAGGGGAGCUGGCUCUGCGAGGUGGGUGUUAAAAACUCAGCUGGGCGGACUUGGUCAUGGGAUGCAGUGGUCUGUCUUGCAGGGAGAACUUGGUUAGCAGGAACCAGCGUGGGAACGAAGUCUUAGGUUUGUGAACCGGAACCGGAAGUCUAGGGUUCUGCCUGAACCCAGUGGUGAUGGUACUGUUAUGGAGGGGGCCCAAGUUUUUAUAGCCGGUAAUCCCUCCCACAAAUACAGACUACGCCUUCUUAUUUAUCAGGGAAAUUCUGGGUUUAGACACCAUUGUCUGGUGCUAGAUAGUAUGUUGCUCAGUUUGUGGGGCAUUUUGCUCUUACACUUGUACAUAAAUAAUAUAAGGUAAAUAGGGUCCACGGGGGACCCCUUGACUUAUAUAUCCUACAUUCCGACACGCUGUUUGUUUUCAUUAUUAGCUUCCAGGUAUCAACUUUUUUCUUCGCAACCAGCUAAUUGUGUUCCUCCCUGCUGUCAGUAUACAGUAAGUUAACAGAUGUUUACUACUAAUGCGUAACAUCAUUCCACAUCUCCUACAACAUUUCUAUUCAUCCUAUAUAGGUCGGAAUUCCUACACUUUCUCUGGUUGACCAGUAUUACAACACAGUUUCACUAAUGUAUGUCCACCUGCUUGUUAAUUAUAUCACUACUUCCUCCCCCAAAAGUUAUCUUGUUAAAAUACACUGGCUGAUACGGGUCCUAGGAGUCCAAUAGGUAAUUACUUCUAUGGCCUCCAUGCCUUAGGCUAGUAGUCCCGUGAGGCAUACACCCAUCCUCAUACUAAAAUGCCCAAAUCUUUGUUAGCCGCCUCGCAUAAUGGCAUAGAGAGGGCCUCACCUGUCACUCCCAUUCUAUCUUAUGCUUUAAAGGUCACCGAGAGGCCGACAACCCGCCUCAACGUUCCGUGGCCACGAAAUCCCAUUGCACCAACUCAUAGAUAGAAGGGGGCGGAGCCUAGCUGCCAAGCAGAGUGGACGUGCUGAAACCCAGCUCCUGCAUUAUCUGCCUGAUUUUGGGGAAAAUACCCAGUAAAACUUGCACAGAACUACUCUAAAGGGCAUAACUGAAUUGGGAUCCUCGGGGGGCAACUCUGAACACCCAAAUCGACUAGCUAACCACCCGAGAUCCCUAGCUGCGGUGACCGAGGCCUACAGGAUGGCUGGCAGAGGGGAGACGGCCGCUCUCCUUUCCACCUACCUGCUCCACGACCACUUCGACCCUCAAUCAUCCUGCCCGCCCCCCCCCCGGGACCGGUGGGGGAUAUCCCGGGACUCGCCGCGGGCCCAGUCCGAGCCUAUACACAGCGUGUGGACACCAGGGCCGGCGACACGUGGCCCAUCGAAAAUGGCGGCGGAGUACUCGCAGCAACUCAGCUUGAAGCAGCUAAGCAGAGCUCCGACUGCGGCACAGACCUCAUGCAGCGUCUGGAUGCACUAUUCAACGACUUCUGGGAGAAGCUCCAGCGGCGCGCACAGCGCACCAAGACAAAGCGACAGGAUCCCAUGGACCCAAGAGAGGGGAGCUAUGGGCGGCCGGGUGAGAGGGGGACUCCCUCGGGCGCAACACGAGACCAAAAGCUGACACUCACCCACCCCGGCCCACCCGGGCUGCAGGCCAAGAGGGCCCUGACCCGAAGGCGUCGGCCACAUAGGCGGAAACACAAGCGGCAAUCAACAUACAGACCUCCCGCCACCCCCAUGAGGCGGAGACACUCGGGCAAUGUGUGCCACCGAGUCUCAGGCCAGAAGACGCAGGCCUGCACACCAGCUUGGGGCAAGAGGGACACCCCCACCACCGGCCGAGCGUCAGCACCUCCUCUGGACCAACCGGAGAGCCUCAGCCGCAUUCCCACAGAAGGAAUAGGAUAA